AAAUUACAACAAACAAGUGGUACAAAUAGUACAGAAAUAGCUCGUAAUACACCUACAAGAGAAGAAGAAUUCAGAGCAACAAGAGAAGCAGCAAGACAAAAAAAUGAAGUUGAAGUAAGUAUGCGUUAUGAUGUUGUUAAUGUUCUAACCUCUUCUUCAAGUUCCUGUAACAGCACUUUUGAAGAAGUUGCUUCUCGAAAUGAAUUGCCUGCUCUCAAUUCUUCUGUUCUUGCUUUUCUCAUUUAUUAA